UAAACGAUCUCCUCACGCAAUACGUUCGCUGAAAAACAGCCUUUGUUUGUUGACUUUCUGUAGUAUUUACGUAGUCAUUGAAAUUUAUGGAUUAAAAAAAUUUUUAAAAAUAAAUAUUUUAUCAUAAACACCAGAAUAAAUUGAAAAGAUGCGGCUUUCACAAUUUCGGCAAUUAUUGCAUGCGACAUGUAGUAAAAAAAGCAAUGUUGAAGGUCGAAUGCUAGCAUGGCAAAUCCACGAUUAUGGAAACUUAAGUCAAUUGAAACAAUCAAGUGUUCGAAUACCAGUUCUUAAGAAACCUACAGAAGUAUUAAUAAAAGUAAAAGCUGCAAGUGUAAACCCUAUUGACAUCGCUAUGAUUAGAGGGUAUGGCGCGAAAGUUAUCAAUAUUCUUAGAAUAGCAAAACAGAUGAAGACAGAUCUUGAAUUUCCUCUUACUCUUGGUAGAGAUUUUUCCGGAGUUAUUGUUGAAAAAGGUCAUCAAGUUCCUGAUCGGCUAGAAUUAGGUGAUGAUGUUUGGGGAGUUGUUCCUGUAGAACAACAAGGAUGUCAUGCUCAAUAUGUUGUUGUAGACAAUUGCUUUGUUAACAAGAAACCUUUGAAUUUAUCUCAUGCGGAAGCAGCAAGUAUUUUAUAUGCGGGUUUAACUGCAUGGUCAAGUUUGUGGAUUACUGGAGGAUUGAGUUAUAAAAGUAUUCUACCUAGUAUAUCCAAUAAGAAGAUACUUAUUUUAGGAGGAUCUGGAGGAGUUGGAACAUUAGCAAUACAAAUCGCAAAAUCAUGGAAGCUAUUUGUUGUAACAACAUGCAGUGCAGAUGCCACUGAAUUGUUGAAAACACUUGGAGCUAAUAUUGUUAUUGAUUAUAAACAAAAUGAUGCGGAUUUGAAACUAGAAAAUGAAGGACCGUAUCAUAUUGUCCUAGAUUGCUCUAAUCAGAAACUUGAUGAUAUACCGCAUAAAAAAUAUUCGUAUGAUAAUUACAUAACUCUUAAUUCACCCCUUUUAAGACAUGUUGAUGAUUAUGGUAUUGUUGCCGGAUUUGCAAAAAACAUCAGUAGUUUUCUAAAAUCGAAUGUAAUGCAAUUGAAAAAAAGUAAUAAAGGAUGCAUUAAAUGGGGAUUUUUUGUUCCAUCAUCAACUGGUAUAAAUAUGUUGCAAACACUAGUAGAAAAUAAGCAGCUCAUUCCAGUCGUUGAAAAGAUCUACAGCUUGGAAGAAUUACCUCAAGCUUAUCAACGAGUUGUUGAUGGACAUUUGAGAGGCAAACUAGUCAUUGAAAUGAAUAACUAAUGCGAUUCAGAUUAACAUCACUAAAACAUUAAUAAAUAAAUAGCACUUAUUUUUGUAAAUUAUUUAUUCCUAAACAUUAAUAAAAUUUUCAAUUAAUUUAUAAAA